CGAAGUAACGUGAAAACAACGAAUGAUUAUAAAUUAUUUUUCUUGACAUCUUAAAAUACUUACAAAUAUAAAUACAAUGGUGCAAAAUGAAGCAACCUCGCAACGCGAUCACUAAUUAUUGAUAAGUUCUUGUGAUAACAGAAAUAUGUAGCCGCGUGUAUUUUAAUAUCUUGAAUCAAAUAACUUUUUUGUUUAGUAUAAAUCUGUUUACAUUUAACUUUUAUUUGUUUCUAUUUAAAAAAACGACAUUUUAUGUAUUGUGCUAUUUAAAAUUUGUUUUUGAAAUUGUUUCAAAAAACAAAUAUACAACGAAGAUGGAGGAAUGCUCAAUAAUUAUUUGCAAUAAAGAAAAGGAUGAGUGUUGCAUUGUUUGCUUGAGGCAUUGUUAUUUAACCCAAAUGACACAUAUAUUUGAAAAAAGUCAAAAAUUACAAAUAAUAAUAUCUGAUUUACUAGAAUUAUGCGGUGGAUUUAAGAUAGAAAAAUAUUAUCGGUUUCCUAAAGGAAUAUGUUCAAAAUGUUUACAAGAGUUGCACAUUGCAGCUGCAUUUCGAGACAAAUGUCAAGCUUCUAUAGAGUUUCUCAUGGAUCAAGUUAUUGAAGGAAAUAAUAGUAAUUUUGUUGCUGCAAACGAUAAUGAAAAAGUUCCCGAAAAUCUGAAUCAAAUGAAGGAUGGUAAGAAUUUCAUUAAAUUUACUCAGGCAAACAUUGACCAUAAAGUGCAAUUAAUUGAAGAUGUUAAAGACAAAAUCAAAUCAGAAGACUCUAGAGCUAUUGGGAAAUCAAAUCCAAUAAAUAACGACUUAUUUCAAUUUUAUAAUAAAGAUGACCUGAAUCUUGAGAAAUUUUAUGACAGUUUUGAUGAAACGUUAUAUAAGGCUAAAGCAGGAUUUAUAUAUCAAUAUUCCUGCGAUAUAUGCGGGUCAGCUUUUAAAACAGUACUUAAUCUUAGAAAGCAUUAUAAAAAACACACCAGUACAUGGUUUACAUGCAUCAUAUGUUGGCAUCCUUUUACCAAUAAAGUUAAUUUAAAAAAUCAUUUUAUUCAACGUCAUAAGGGUGAAAAUAUGUCGGCUCAUAUAGAAUUUGCUGAUUUAAAGAGUGAAAGUGAAACUUCUGAACAUUUUUUUGACGAGACUUUAGAAAAAAAUGGCAAUUUUAUAUGUAAAAAAUGUAAUGAAAUCUUCCAAUCUAGAGAAUACUUAAAAAGACAUUUACUUUCACAUACAAAUACUUAUAAAUGUAAUAAGUGUGGGAAGUUAUUUUCAUCUUCAUCCAAAUUAUGGCAACAUCUUAAGUUGCAUAACAGCAUACGCCCCUUUGGAUGUAAAUAUUGCGACAUGACUUUUAAAAAUAAGAGUAAUUUGAACGUUCAUGUAGGGAAACAUGCUGGAUUAAAACCACAUAAAUGUGCACUAUGUGAAAAAAGUUUUAGCCGAACAAAUUUACUUAAGGAACAUUUGCGUUCUCACACCGGCGAGAAACCGUUUUCUUGUGAAAUUUGUUGCAAAGCCUUUUCCAAAAAGAGAAUUUAUGUUAACCACAAAAUGAUUCAUUCAGAUAAUAAGUUUUGUUGUUCAUUUUGCCCACAAAAAUUUGUCAGAGAAAGUCAGUUGAAUUUUCACGUUAAAAAUUAUCAUAAAGACUUACUACAUAGCACGACCAUUUUUUAAAAUCACUUUUGAAAUAAAAAUUUUUU